CGUAUAAGACUCAACUGCUAAUAGGAGUCACUUGUAAAAAAAAAAAAUGGAUCUUUAUGUAUGCCAUCAUUCCCAUGACGGAUCAGUACAAGUGGAAUCUCUACUGGCAAGGAUGGAUUUUGAGUGCUUUUGCUUUUGGUUAUAUAACUAGUCAGAUUAUUGGAGCAAGUGCAGCUUCAAAGUUUGGAGGGAAAACGGUUAUGACGUGUGCUGUUUUUCUUUGGUCGUUCUCGACUGUGAUUACACCCUUUGUUGCUUCUUCACUCUCUGCUCUUCUGGCCUGUAGAGUUUUUCUUGGAUUAGGAGAAGGCUUAGGUCUUCCAACAAUAUUUCAUAUAUUUGCACAUUCCGUGCCUGUUGAUGAACGGUCAAGAGCUUUUGGGUAUUUGGUUGCAGCAGGGACUUUCGGUCAAACGGUGGCUGCUCUGGUGUGCCCACAUAUACCUUGGCCAUGGAUGUUUUUCUCGUUUGGAGGAUUAGGGGCUGUUUGGGUUUUACUGUGGCUUGUUUUAUACACAGAAGUCCGAAGCUUUGGUCAAGAGGAGCUGCCUAUGGUUUUUCCAAAGGUUACUAACAUUAAUGUAAGAUGGACAGAAUUUAUCAGCCACUGGCCAUUAUGGGCUAUUUAUGUUUCUCAUUUUGCUAUGAACUGGUCGAACUAUAUAAUAAUGCAGUGGCUACCGACGUACUUAGCACGCAGUCUUGGUGCAAAUAAAGAGGAUAUCAGUCUUACUGCUGUGCCUUAUGUUAUCAAUUCAUUGUUUAACGUAGGUAGGUUGACCUUCAGACUGUUUUUAUAA